GAACAGUGUGGUCCAAACACUGCAGCGGAGUUUCCCCUUAAGGCUAGCCGUACCCCUCGGACAAAUACACUAGAAAUGUUUAAGCUCCACUGACAGUAUAGCCAACAUCGAGUCACCGGGCAUACUUUUCUCUUGAAAAAUGGAAACCAAGGAAGAUAUUUCCACCCAACAGGUUGAAGAACCUUUAUCAAAGUCGGCCCUUUAUUAUGUUGGCAAUGAAGGUGAAGAGUUGUCGAAGGUAGUAGAAAUGAUCCCUCUGAAAGACACAACCAUUCAAGUGGAGUCCACUAAGGUGGCCAUCACAUCUGGUCAAGCUCCUGUAAGAGAUCAUGUCAUCUGGUCCAUAGUUAACACAUUCUACAUGAACUUCUGCUGCCUCGGACUUAUUGCACUUAUCUUUUCUGUUAAGUCUCGGGAUCAGAAAAUGGUUGGAAAUUAUAAUGAAGCCCGAAACUAUGGAGCCAGAGCCCGUUCCUUAAACAUUGCCUCUACAGUCCUGACCAUUCUGUGGUUCCUCAUCACAGUAACCAUCAUGUAUUUCAAUCUCGUUUACCUGAUGAAUACCAUUAGGAGCUGGCUUAGGAUGUAAAGACUAUGACACAUAACAGUAUUCGGAUGACUUCUAGGCUCUAAUCUGACCAAGACUGAUUCUUAUGCCUUUGGUGGGGAAAUGGCAUUAUUAA